UCCAUGCAGGGCGGCGCGGGCCAAGGACGACGGAGUGAGACGAGCGGCGGCUUUGGCUUGGCCUCGUCUGGCCUGGCUUGUUGUUUGCCUCGCAGCCAAAGUCGGGUCAGGCAGCGCACCCAGUCGCCGUCACAACCUUGACCAUCUUACCAUCCAUCGAUCACUUCGUCUGCACACACGACUUCGCGGGUUUUCUCACUCGUUCACUCUCUCUUUCUCGCGCGCGCAUCUUCUUCACUCUCCUCGCGGACACCUCAUUGUCCUCUCCUUCACUCACCUCUCCUGUCCUCGCUCAUGGCUCACUACGGAGGAGGAGCCGCAGGUGGCAGCGGCUACAGAGGUGGCGGCGGCGGAGGCGGUGGUGGUGGUGGCCCCUAUCGCCAGGCCCCUCGUCAUUCACCGACUGAAGAAUCCUUGCCAGGCAGCGGUAGCUCACCCAUGUACAGCCAACAGCAACUCCUCUCACCAUCCGUCUCAAGUUUCGGCCACGGCGGCGGCAAUGGUUACACGCCCGGCAGUCGUCCGGCGUCGGGACUGUCUCUCCUUGGCCCCAGCUACGGUCCCGCUACAAGCACGUCGCAUGGCAACGGAUACUUCCAGUCAGGCAGAGAUGCUCGAUCCUCCGUCCUUUCACAGCACCUUGUCCCCAACGGCGGCCACUCGGGCAGCGAGUCUGAGCUCGGCCCCUACAGCGCUCUGAGGACUCGCGCCGGCGCUUCAUCGCAGAGCAACCACAGCUCAGGUGAAGAGCAGAUGAUGUCCAAGCGUCCCGAGGCGGGCAUGGUCGCCUUGUUGGGAGAGAAGGAGGCAGACGACUACCUGCACGAGGGAGACGCAGACAAGCGCUCCUACGCCCCCUCUGUGCGUGGUAUUGCCAAUGUAGCCACCCUCAUCUUCCUCGCUCUCGCUAUUCUAGCCCUCUUUGCCGGCUAUCCGAUCAUCGCAAACCUCGACAAGAUCUUCAACAAGAACGAUUACAGUGGCGGAUACAACUUGGGCGGAUCCAAUGGGUCAGGCCAGGUGCCCAUCUUCCAAGGCCUGGCAAGUCUUAUCGACAAGGACACUCCUUCCAACGCUCAGUCAUGGACUCACCCCGUCACAAAUGACAAGUAUCACCUCGUCUUCUCCGACGAGUUCGAAGAGGAGGGUCGCACCUUCUGGCCGGGAGAUGACCCGUACUGGACCGCUGUGGACCUGUGGUACGGCGGAACAUUCGACUACGAGUGGUACAGCCCUGAGCAGGUCAACACGACGGGCGGAGCGCUGCAGAUCACCAUGGAGGAGAAGCCGAUGCAUGGAUUGAACUUUGCCUCGGGAAUGGUUCAGAGCUGGAACCAGUUCUGCUUCCAGGGUGGCUACAUUGAGUACUCGAUCAUGCAGCCUGGCACGCCUAUCACGACUGGAUACUGGCCCGCGGCAUGGCUGAUGGGCAACCUGGGUAGGGCAGGAUACCUUGCAUCCACUGACGGGAUGUGGCCAUACUCCUAUCAGAGCUGCGAUACGGGAAUCAUGCCCAACCAAACGUACGCCGACGGCAGCGGUCCAAAGGAGGCCAUCGACUCUGCCGGUACCUACGCCGACAAUGGAAAAAUUUCUCACCUUCCUGGUAUGCGCCUCCCUGCCUGCACCUGCUCAGGGGAAGACCACCCUGGUCCCCACCCGAACGUAGGCCGCUCCUCCCCCGAAAUCGACUGCAUUGAAGCUCAAAUCCAGACGCGCAACGGGGAGACCCACUCCUGGUCGUCCCAGUCCCUCCAGACUGCACCCUUCGACGUCGAGUACUACUGGGGCAACACCUCAGCCGACGCGACGCUCUACGGCACCUCAGACACCGUCGAAAUCAACAGCUACGUCGGUGGACCCCUGCAGGAGGCUGUUUCCUCCGUCGCCAUGAAUCCUGACCGCGGGUUCCAGGGCACGCAGGGCGAGUUCAUCCGCUACGGUGUUGAGUACGAGCCCGACUGGAACGGUGACGGAUCAGGCAGCGUAACGUGGUUCAUCGACGGCAAGGCCACUUGGUCAGUGAAGGGCACCGCUGUUGGUCCCUCGGCCGCGAUGGACAUUGGACAACGCACGAUUCCCACUGAGCCCAUGUCCAUCAUCAUGAACUUGGGCAUGGCCUCGGGCUUCCAGCCUGUGCACUUCACGGGAGAAAACGCUCUCACUUUCCCUGCCCUAUUCCGCGUUGACUACGUUCGCGUGUACCAGAAGGACGGGCAGGACGACCGCAUCACGUGCGAUCCCAAGGACCAUCCUACGGCCGACUACAUCAAGAACCACCCGGAACUGUACGCGAACAACAACUUGACCACUUUCGCUGCUGCGGGGUACAAGAGACCGAAGAACAGACUGAGGGAUGGGUGCUAAGCCGGCGCGCUAUGCGUGGCAGGAGGGAAGAGAGGAGAUGAAUGAGGACGGUCUCUGUACAUAUACAUACACUCGCAUCAUGCCCUGCCCUGCUUUGCUAGGCGGUGCUGCGCAUCGCUCCACGUCGAUCUCAGGAUCGGCAGCUCUUCCUAUCUAGCCUCUCCUCGCGCUUUUCGUCUCGGAUCGUAAUGACGCCUCGCAACGUAGAAGACUCUCGC